AUGCUAGACUGUUUCUCCAGGCCAGCUGGUGUGAACCUUCGCCUACUGCCAUCACUGGCACCUCCAGGUGAUGGGUGUCACCGCAUUUGGCGGCGUUCGCACAAAAAAUGCCGUGAUCAAACGGAUGAGGUGAAGGAGUGGUACAGCCACAAGCGCCACGUUCUGGUUUUCACCUACAGUGGGAAACCUGUUUACUCGCGCUAUGGCGAAGAGGAUGGUCUCAGUGGCACCACCGGUGCGCUGUCAGCCAUUGUGUCCAAGAUGGCCAAGUUCUUCUUUUGCGACAGUACCACAACGGAUUGUUUAAGGUACAUGACUGCGGGCGAGCACGUCUUUACCUUUCUGGAGAGGGGACCCCUGUGGUUGGUCUGCAUAUCAUGCAGUGGCGAUCUCUAUGGUGACAUGGUGUGCUUGCUGGAGCGCGUCCACAUGCAAAUCAUCACCAUCCUCACAGCUGGAAUCGAAAGAACCCUAGUCAGCCGCCCCAACUACGACAUGAGAGGCCUGCUUGGAGGCACGGAGCAGGUCGUCAACAGCAUGAUUCGAUGGUGUGUGCAGGACAUGUUCUUGCAGUGCGAGGGUUUUGAAGCACUUCCUCUGGCCCCGAGUGUGCGAAACGCGGCAACGGAGGCAUUGAAGUCAGCGAGACUUCCAAAUGUUCUUUUUGCUUUUCUGAUGGCAGGGCAUCGGGUCCUCAGUGCCGUCUCGAACAGGCAGUACCGCCUAAACGCUCUGGAUCUGGGCAUGGUGAUCAACAUCAUCAUGUCGUCUGCUUCACUGCGGACGGGAGAGUCGUGGACACCUGUGUGCAUGAGCCAGUACAAUGACAAGGGCUUUGCCUAUGCAUACAUCUCUUUCCUGGAAGGUUCGGAUGUUGGGGUGGUCUUCCUAUCCACAGCUUCAGACGGAGAGCAGUUUUACGCAAUUUCACAACAAGCUGCCAUGGUGAAGGAUGCGUUGAAGCAGCCCGGCUGUGCUGAGGGCAUCGAGGAAGCAAUCUCAAAAAGUCCGAUUGACCUGGCAUCAGUUUCUCGGGGGACGCUCAACGCUCCUGCAGAAUCCAGCCCAGGUACGCGUGCUUCAAUGCCAAGAAGAUCACUCCUGGCCCCUGGAAACCCGCAGUGGCAGCUGCUGGAGGGUGUCAUACAUGCCGCGUACUAUGUGCCAGCUUUGCAGCAGUACUUUUCAUCACAAAUCGCCGAGGCGUACCAGUCGAGACGCAGAGUAAAAAUGCUUUUCCGAAAUUAUGGACGUUGUCGUCAACUACUGCGCAAUGCCAAAGUGCCGUGCCAGAUAUGCGUUGCAACGGACCAUGAGUGUUUCUACGUGUCCAUGGCAGCCGACUACCAGCUUUUCCUAUCCGUUCCGCGAGGGAUCUCAACCGGAGUCAUUGCUCAGUUCUAUCACUGGGUACGAAGCCAGGAGUCUCACAUCUUCUUGCAGAUUCCGACUUGGUGA